GGGCGCGGGCGCGCGGUGCUCGGUGCGCGCCACCGCCCCUGGCCCAGCUUGCUGGCCUUCCCCACCUAAGCCCUCGGCCGGUUCAGCCGGCCCCACCCCCUCUUCCUCUCCUGGCCCGGAGGCCUGGUGCGCGGUGCAGCGCGACGGUAGCGGCCUGGCUAUCGGGGCAAGGCGGUUUUAGCGCUCAGCGCUCGAGGGUGGCACGCCAGGCGCGGGGCACGAGGCCAGAGCUGUCUCGGCAGGGUGUGGGGGGAGGGUCCGACGGAACCCCCAGAGGAGAGCAGGGACAGGCAGGGGGUGCCGAGGUAAGUGAGACAUUGGAGCAGAGGAAGCAUCAUGGCUGUGUUUCUGGAAGCCAAGAAUGCCCAUGCAGUCCUGAAAAGGUUCCCUCGUGCCAAUGAGUUCCUGGAGGAGCUACGUCAGGGUACCAUCGAGCGAGAAUGCAUGGAAGAGAUCUGCAGCUAUGAAGAAGUCAAGGAAGUAUUUGAGAACAAAGAAAAAACGAUGGAGUUUUGGAAGGGUUACCCAAAUGCAGUCUACUCAGUCCGAGACCCUGCCCAGAGCUCAGAUGCCAUGUAUGUGGUGGUGCCCCUUCUGGGGGUGGUCUUGCUGAUUGUCAUUGCCUUGUUCAUCAUCUGGAGAUGCCAGCUACAGAAAGCAACUCGUCACCACCCCUCCUAUGCUCAGAACCGGUACCUAGCCAGUCGCACUGGACACAACCUUCCCCGAGUCAUGGUAUACAGGGGCACUGUGCAUAGCCAGGGAGAGUCCUCUGGGCACCGAGAGGCAGGGAAUAACCCACAGAUAGUCCUGGGGCCCAGCCGGGGAGGAGGCAGAACCACUGUCAGGCUGGAGAGCACCCUCUACCUCCCCGAGCUCUCUCUUUCCAGACUAUCCAGUGCUACACCUCCCCCUUCCUAUGAGGAGGUGACUGCACCUCAGGAAGGCAGCAGUGAGGAAGCCAGUGUCUCUUACAGUGACCCUCCCCCAAAGUAUGAAGAGAUUGUGGCAGCCAGCCCCAGUGCAGACAAGUAGCUGAACAUAGACCCUGGCCUGUAUAAAAGCCUCUUCCAGAGGUAGCCUGCUUCCUUUUGGACUUCUGAAAGACUGUGCCACCACAAAACAGCCUUAGCCUCCUUGUUGCCAAAUAAUUCCCCAACCAUGGAUUUGCAGGAAGUCAGUUGGUAGAGGCAGUUGGUGUGUGUGUGUGUGUGUGUGUGUGUGUGUGUGUGUGUGUGUGUGUGUGUGUGUCAGAGGUGGUGGGCAUAGGACAUGUACAUGAUCCCCCUGGGAAAAGUUACAGAUCUAAGAGUCUGGGUCUUCCAGACCACCACCCCCAACCUCUGCCACUGCCAAGUCCCCACUAUCUUGCCCUCUCUUUAGGGACUGGCUUCUCUUAUGCCAAAGGAAUCAUCCCAUGGUGUUGAUUAUGGCCAAAAUGACCACAGGCUUAUCCCUGGGGUUGUGGGACUGUCUGGGGACCCCCGUGUGUCUGGAAACCUAGGCCACAAAGAUGAGGGGCUCAAGCCAGCCCUGCAGUUCCCCCUUUCUCAACAGUUCCAUGCUUACUGUUCUCACUUAUAUAAUGAGGACAGAAAUAAGGGUUGAUCUAGGAAUAAAACACAAGUAAUAACAAAUAAUGAACCAUAGAUGAAAACGAUAGCACCUGAAGCAUUUGAAACCCUCCAAAAAAUCAAUUGAACAGACCUUGGCACAGCCUUCUUUCACCACCCACCUCUAUGCUCCUGACCAGGGUGAUCUAUGUGUAGAUCAUGUGUAGAUCAGCCUGGUAGGAGGAUAGUCAUGAGAAGAAUGAGGGAAGGGGCCUGGGUGGCAGAGCUUCUUCUUCCAGACCAAUCAAGGGGCCCACUUGAACUCUGCCAUCUUGUUUCUGAUUUGUUAAAACCAGGCCCCACUGGCAUAAGUCCACACAUAACCUUGGAGUAUUCUGAUGGGGAGACUGAUGUCCCCUUCCCCCAUGGAGUCCAGGGCCUCUCCCUGGUUGUUAUGGAGUGACACAGAGAGCUCAAGAUUCCUCCUUUGUGGAGUUGAUAAAUCUAUAAGAUAGUUAAAACCAUGAGCUCUGUGCUGUCUGGCUUUGUGGUUUUCGGAUACUUCCUUUUUUGUAAAUAGGUGCAUCGAACUUGAACUUUAGAUUGUGAUUUCUCCUAAUGAUGGUGCCCAUACAAGGAAAAGUUCCCGAAGUGUCUCAUAAAAUUUUCUUAGUGGGGGAGCCCAUGACCUAGGGUUUAAAGCCCAUUUGGGGUUUGCUGUGCCAUGACCAGGUGCUGAUCUGUUUUCAGCGAGGCUUUGGAAGAUGUUUGGGCAGAGGUGACUUGCUCUUUAACUAUGAAUGAUGAAGUAAAAGACACUGUUGAUACCAUCUCUACCCACCCCA